ACUCUCUCCUUAGAGAACCACAGAGCUAAAGAGCUCUAUUUGCGUCAGGCAUUUCCGCUGAAGCUCCCGUUAUAGCAGAAAACUCAGCAACCCCGCAGUGUCACUCGACAUUAUUUGCUACUAGAAAUGGAUGUUUGUGAUAGUUACCAAAUUUCUUUGGAUAAAUUUCGAAGCGAGCGUCAGACACAAGGCAGACCCGCGGCUGAAGGAGCCACUGGUUGUCAAAACGUUAUUGCGAUUUUACUAUGCUUGACGGCAAAACCGUAUCUAUCUGUCGCAAAACAAAAGGAUUUGCGACCAUACUGCAAGCCCGGGGCAUGUUGCGCUUGUGUUUUGCUGGUUGUACCGGUACAUCGGCGGACGAUUACUCGUGCAUCGUUUGCGAAUGUUUGGCUUUUCUGCUGUUGGGCUGAGAAAAGCCCUUAGGAUCUUUCCAGAGACUAAGUCCAAGUUGAAGAAUGAGACUUGAGAAGUGCAGCGGAAGUUGAGUAGUUGAAUCCUUGUAUUAGUAUAUGAGAACAAGUGAUUGAUUAAAGAAACAAGCAUACAGCAAUAUAUAGAAGAUAGGAAAGUAAAGCAGUUGUAGAAUACAGUUGCAGAAGCGGUUAUCGAGUCGCACAGCGACUCGAUUGUCGCUUCGGUUACCAUCCGCGCUGUUGUAACGGUCAGUCGCAACCUCCAGUUGCGACUCUUCAACUCCCUUCGCGUUCUUUGCCCAUCCCCUCGUGUAACCUCCGUUGACUCGCGUACCCGUUGCGAUCUUCCUCGAGUGUAGUGUUACAUUUCAAAAACGCUUAAGUCCUUUGAGAUAUUUCCAACACUCCCCUUCGUUUCUAGAGUGCUGACGUGUUCAGAUCCGGUGACGUUUGUCUGCCCGGUCAGCAGCAUGCAGUAAUCGAUUUUUGCCUUCGCCAAUUUCUUCGUCAGAUAGUCUGCGGCCAUUUCUGUCGUAAGGCAGUAACUGAGUUGAAGUCUCCCCUUCGCGAUGUCAUCCUUGACGAAGAAGUACCGCAGGGCGAUGUGUUUGGUUCGGUUGGCGAAGCCGUCCUUGUUCGCGAUUUUGAUCGCAGAUUGGUUGUCGCAGAGGAGUGAGAAGACGGGCAGGGUCGCAAUCUUCGCUUCCUCUAGCAACUCUCGUAGGUAGAGUCCUUCCUUGGUCGCAGUACAGAGGGCGAUAUAUUCUGCUUCAGCCGAAGAUAGUGCGAUUAGUUCCUGCUUGCUCGACUGCCAGGAGAUAGUCCCGAUAGGUUCUAGUCGGUAGAUGUAGCCCGUUCUCGAUCGUCGAUUUUCCUUGUCUCCCGCGUGGUCGGCGUCGACGUAUCCGAGUAGUCGUACGGACGGUGUCGUUACUUUGCUGUAGGUGAGCCCGGUCGUCGGCGUGGAGACGAAGUAGAGUAGUGCCCGAUUAAGUUCCUCGAGAUCUUCUUGUUCCGGCUGCUUCAGAUGCGUCGCCAGUUGGCUCGCGUUAUAAGAGAGAUCGGGCCGGCAGGUUACUGCUGCGAAUAGUAGGCAGCCGAGCUUCUGCUGAUACUCCUGGAUUUGCUUCGCGGGGAGUUUUGCGGAGGUGCUGUUGUUGUUCCCGUAGCGGUAGGGAGUCGGGACCGUAGUCGGCGUUAGACCGAAUUUUUUCGCGACAGUGCCUGCGUACUUUCCAGCGUGUAGGUAGAGCGCCGAGUUGUCUUCGACGACAUUCAGUCCCAGGUACUGGGUCACUUCGUCGGACACCAUGAGUGUCAAGUCCUCUUUCAGCUCCCCUUUGAACCAGGUGGCGAUGUCGGUAGUGGAACCGAUGUAGAGCAGGUCGUCGACGUAAACGAUGAGUAGGAUAUACUCUCUUCCCUUUUGCAGUCGGUACAUGCCUUGGUCAUGCGGCAGCUGUAGGAAUCCGAUUUUUACGAGGCGACCGUGAAGAUGCUGCUGCCAGAGCCGCGGGGCUUGCUUGAUCCCGUAUAGGGAUUUUACCAGCUGGCAUACUGUCGUGGGGUCGUCGAUGAAUCCGUGGGGUUGCUCGACGAAGAUCUCAGCGUCCACAGAGCCUGUGACAGAGUCGAGGGCUCACGCGGAGAUGGCGGCGGCGGAUGCUGGACGGAGACCCAUAGGCCGAGUAUCUGCAGUCCUGUUGGUGUGUGUCGAGGGGAAUUUUCAUUCCCGGAAUAGGCUGCUUCGUCACCGUCUUCUGGAUCAGGUGCGGUGAUGCGUUGUUGGGAAGCGAUGACGAGGACAACAGGUUGUGCAGGUGGACUGCAUGUGUCAUGGCGUCUGGCCACAGUGUGGUGGGUAGUCUCAUCCCCAGGAGCAGCUUCUGCAUCGUCGUCUGCAAGGUCCGGUUCAUGCGUUCUGCGACCCCUUGCUGCUGGUGAGCGUAGGGCAGAGACACCAGGCGUCUGAUUCCUCUUUCCGCCAGAUAGGUCCUGAAGCGUUGUGACUUGUAUUCCAGUGCACCGUCUGACUGGAAGCUCUUAAGCUUUGUUCCUGAUUCUCGUUCAGCGAUGGGUAGCCAUGUUGUGAAGGCGUCGAAGGCUUGAUCACGCGUCUUGAGGUUGUAGUGCCAGACGUAUCUUGUUGCUGCGUCGAUAAACGCGAUGACAUUGUUGAAGUCGGCUUCAGUGUCUUCUCGAGGCAUGUUUAAAAUGUCGCUGUAGACUUUUUCCAUCGGUGCGUAUGCAGGUGCGCUUGGGUUGUGAUGAGAUGGGAAAGACUGGUGGGGAAGAUCGGCUUCGGGGCACGUAAAGCACCGUGCGCAUGGUCGUCGAAGUUCUUGGCUGCUCGUUGUUAGGAGGGCGUUGCGUUCUAACACUUCUGCUUGGAUGGUUUGCAGUAUUGUACUGUUUGCAGGGUGCCCGAGUCGUUGGUGCCAGAUGUCAUCGGGAGCGCGAUGGCCGGGCGAGCGGUGGUAUAUGUCGGUGUUGGAGAAGAACGCGACGACCGUGGCGGGACUUCGACAGACUUUUCGUGUGAUGGGCAUAAGUUGAUCUGCUUCGGUUGGCGGUCCUCGGAUCGCUGGUGGUGGUACUCGGCUGAGUCCUGCUGCUGCUACUGCCGGUAUGGUGUUGGAGUGCCAGAACCCAUCAGGGUCGAAGUCGGGGUCAAGAUCCGGCGGGUGUGUCCAGGCGGCGAACGACACGAUUCCGUCGCUGUCGGCAGUACCGCGGUCGGGGACGAAGUCCAACACGAAGACGCCGGACUUCAGGAGAGCACGACCGAUGAAGAGACCGCCCUUCCCGUGGUUUUCGUUGUUGGUGACGGUGAUGAUGACGUCGCGGGUGAGGCGUCGCUCUCGUUGCACGAAGCGUCCGGAAGAACACAUGUGUUGACCACAGCAGCUGUCCAAGAACCAGGUGUUUCGCCCGGUGGGUUCGGCGUUGGCGACCGCAGCGUAUGUCGGGUUGACCUCAAGUUCUUGUGAGCGCGGCGGCGGAAGUUCUUCUUCGUCUGAUGUGGAAGAGCGCCUUGGAGGGCUUUCUUGAGUGGAGGCGACGUGUGGGUCUACUGGACGAUAAACACGAGGAGGUGUGCAGUUGACUUCGGAAUGUCCGGAAGUCUGACAGUUGUGGCAGAACGGUGGCACAAAGGUCCAUCUCCUGUUGUUCAGCGUGAAGCUCGGCGCAGAGGUGCAUCUCCGAUAUCCUUCCGUGGGCGCGAAGAAGCGAGCGUGUGGUUCUCCAUUCUGGCCCGAGCCCGGCGAGGACAAGCGUCACGAAGCUUUCUUCAGUGAUUGUUCCUCCGCACCGAAGCAGGCGGUCGCGGAGGGUCUGGCAGCGACUCAUAUACUGCAUCGCCUUUUCCCCGGUCUUCAUCUGUAUUGUUGUCAGUUGUUGCAUGAGUCUGCUUUGUGUCACGCUGUCGUUUGCUUGAUAGAGACACUUGAGAUGAUGCCAUGCGAGUUCCGCGGAGUUUCCAUAGCUGCGAUAUGUUCUGAUGCUCUGCUGUUCUUGUGGUGACAGGUUCCGCAGGAGAAAUGUGUACGCCAGCAGCGACUGAUAAGUAAAUAUUUCUUGCUCCUUUGCAGUGCCGUUGCUUGGGAAUGGCAGGGACCCGUUGAAGUAUCCCAAGAGAUGCGCAGCCUCCAUCAGCAGCUCGAACUCAAAGCUCCAGUUGCUGUUGGUUGGGCACGGGGCGGCAUGAACUCGAAUGUCCCCGGUGAAGAGUGAUAAGGUGCAAAGGCGUCCUUGUCUGCUGCUACUGGUCGAAGUGCGACAUGAAGCUGAAGAACCUUUCCAUAAGGUUCGGAUCCACGCUUGAAGAGGGUGAUGGGGUCACCAUUUCCGGUGUUCUUCCUGUUGUUUCUUGAGCAGCGCCGGUCUCGGUUUGCAGUCCUGAAGUAUGCAAUCCAGAGUUGCCGGGUUGAAUGUCUUGGGCGCUGGGUGAGCCCGUAGAGAUUUUCUUGCCCUUGCUGUCCAUGACUUGUAAUCAAUGAAUUCGUUGAAUUGCAGAUUGUAGAUAGAGCAUAGUUGCUGGGAGUUUGGUCUCUGACCAGCUCUCAUACCAUGUUGGGCUGAGAAAAGCCCUUAGGAUCUUUCCAGAGACUAAGUCCCAGUUGAAGAAUGAGACUUGAGUAGUGCAGCGGAAGUUGAGUAGUUGAAUUCUUGUACUAGUAUAUGAGAACAAGUGAUUGAUUAAAGAAACAAGCAUACA